AACAGCUGUAAACAACAUAUUUCAUGAAUUUAAACAAAACGUGUUUACAGCAACAUUAAACGUUAAAUAUCAACUAAAAUUAAAACAAUGGUAGACUUGACUGAAAUAGAAGGUUAUAGAGUUGUGCCGCUGCGUAUGACGCCGGAUGCGAAGCACUGUCACAGCAUUUACAUGCGGGAACAUUUCAUACGUCUAAUGGAUCCUAAUAAACCCAAGGGUCGCACAUUAUUUCUGCUCAACGUUCCGCCCUAUGUAACAGAAGCCAGCCUGCAAACAUUUUUCAAGAGCAAAGGCAAGGUGGAGAGCGUUUUGUUUGCCGAGAAACCGGGACGGGACGAGACAGAGCACUGGUAUGAGGGAUUGGAUGUGCCCUUCUCAAAUGUAGAGGCUCCCUUUAAGUUCAAGGUGGCCUACGUUGUCUUCGAAAAGAGCACCAGCAUUGGCCGAGCUCUGGUCAUCGAGAGCAUCGAUUUGUUCAACAGCAGUGGUGAAUGUUUGAUCAAAACAGGCAUGGAGCUCUGGCACGACAACUACGUCAAUAAGUACAUAUUAGAUGCGGAGAAGACGCAACGCCAAAUCGAUGCCUAUAUGGCUAAAUAUGAUAAGAGGGAGCGUGCCGCACUGGCAGCAGCCAAAACCAGCGAAGCCGAUCCCGAUGGCUGGGUUACAGUGGGCAAGGAUGGACGCAAUGCGGGCUUUGAGCAAAAGGAAUCGGUUGUUGGACGCAUUGAACGUAAAAUGGAAAAGGAUAAGAAAACCAAGGAACUGAAGAACUUUUAUACAUUUCAAAUACGUGAAAGCAAAAUGCAAAAUAUUGUUGAACUACGUAAGAAAUAUGAAGAGGAUAAGCAAAAAAUUGAGUUGCUGAAGAAAUCGAGACGGUUCAGGCCGUUUUAGCAUAAUUUAGUUAAGAGUCGAAUAAA